GGAGGAGCUGGCGCGGUCUUUCGUUUCUUAGGCGCAGGGGCUGUCAAGGAUAUGAGAUUAGCGCAUGGUCAUAUUUUCAGUCGAUGUAUCACUAUGCCGGGCUCCUUUUCUGCGACCGUAGGGACAGGAUAGGCAAGGGAGGCAGAUAAGAAUGAAGCAUACCUUCUUCUUCAGGCUCUUCAGCCUCACCCUCGGCUUCCUCGUCAAAUUCCUCCUCCUCCUCUUCUUCCUCCUCGCUGCCAAGGUCGCUUUGCUCUACCUCGGAGUCUUCAUAUCUGCUGGUUUGUUAGUGCUUGGUAGGAAUUGUGAUUGGCAGUGAUGCGAUUGUCUUUAUGGGGCGGUCUGGGAAAGCGCGCGAAGAGAAGGGGGAGCUCAUGCGCCAUGGUUGGAAAGAGCGACGAAUGCGAAUGCGACAUGAGGGAGGAAAAUACUCACUCUUCUUCUUCCUCGCUGUCUUCAGGAAGCGAUUGAAGCUCCUCCUCUUCCUCG